AUGAUAGCGUCAACAUCGAAAACUAUGCUCCGAACAAUAGCUGCAAGGCCGGCAACGGCGAGGCUCGUACUCGCCACCGCGACAAGACCUCUCUCAACAACAUCAACCAAGAAGUUCUCUCUCUUUGGGUUGUUCUCUCGCAAGCCUUCUGCACCAACCGCAGGAGCCGCUGGUUUGUCCUCACAUACAAGCGAUGUCGCUCCAACAACAACCUCCGCUUCCGAUCCGGCAAGCCAAGCAAGCGAGGCGAUAGCAAAAGCAACCGCAACCAAUCCCACUAAGCAAAGCACAGCAGAAAAGGACAAAGCAGAUGUAGACCAAGCAAAAAUGAAAGGAAAGAUGCUAGCCCGAGAUCAAGAGUUGCUCGCAAAGCUGCUCGAUCGGGAAGGCGGUUCAGCAGGAGUCUCCAUUGUCAACGGAAGAUAUGAAGAGGGGUUGGGUCCAGAGACGAAGAAGAACAUGUUCCGUCUCAUCUAG